AGCCAAGAACUGUCCAGUACGGUCUACCAAUGAGCCAACGGAUAGGGUUAGGACCACAAGGUAAGACAUCUUUUGACAUUAAACAAAAUAAUAAAGAUGACAUUUUAUGCAAUCAGUGAUCGCAUUUUACCCCGUCUGUGUUAGCAUGAAUGUUAACAUUUACAUCAUCAGGGUUGAUAUGGUAGACUCUAUUUUACGCUGUUAUCUUGGUUUUAUGCGUAACAUUAAAACAAAGUAUGUUGAAGCUUGGAUCAAAAGACAGGACAAUAUGAUGGGAAAGUUUCGGCUUGCAGCCUUCUUCAGAGAACAGGAAAAAAAAAAGUAAAAAAAAAAACCGAACACAGAAAAAAAAAAAAAAAAAAAAAAAAACACUUUAGAGAUCUCCUUUGUUGUUUCCGGAAGUAGGAUUACUGGAAGUGAAAUAAUAUAAAUAUUUAUACUGUGAAAAAUAAUAUCCCUUGAUUCAAACUUCAACAUUGCUUGUUUUACUAUUUCAUUCACGUAGCAUGAAUGCAGUCCUUCAGUUUCGAUCUUUUAUGGGUUAUACCAUUUUACAAAAGGUAUUAUUAAUGUCCAUGUCUUUCCUGGAUAUAUCACACCCUGUCAUCCAUAUGUUCACAUCUGUCCUUCAUAUGUUCAUAUAUGUCCUCUAUGUUACAGUGAAGACACUGGGAGGACCUACCCUGGCUGUGGUGACCAAAACAUUAACUCAACCCACAGUGACGAUACUUAACAAGCCCCAGGCCGUGCCCAAACCUACUGUCAGGGUCAAUCCAGGGAUAGGUGUAGGUAAGUUGUGUGGAUUAGCUGUUAUUUUUUUGGUAACUUAUGUGGCUAAGAUGAUGUCAUUGUUAACUUGUGUAGAUAGGCUGACGUCAUUGGUAACUUAUGUGGCUAGGCUGAUGUCAUUGGUAACUAAUGUGGUUAGGCUGGUGUCAUUGGUAACUUAUGUGGCUAGGCUGGUGUCAUUGGUAACUUAUCUGGUUAGGCUGGUGUCAUUGUUAACUUAUGUGGCUAAGCUUUUAUCUUUGGUAAUUUGUGUGGCUAAGCUGUUAUCUUUGGUAACUUAUGUGGCUUAGCUGUUAUCUUUGGUAACUUAUGUGGCUAAGCUGGUGUCUAAGGUAACUUGUAUGGCUAAGCUUUUAUCUUUGGUAACUUAUGUGGCUAAGCUGGUGUUAUCAGUAACUUGUGUGGCUAAGCUUUUAUCUUUGGUAACUUGUGUGGCUAAGGUAGUGUCUUUGGUAAGUUGUUGUCCUAUGUAGGUUGCUUUAGGUUAUUGUCUUAGGUAGGUUGUUGUCUUAUGUAAAAUACGGAUACAGAGGUAAGAUGCAGGUUGUACUAGCCUCUAUAACUAAUUAAUUUACGUUAUAUUCUAAAUCAAGUUCGGUUGGGGUAGCUUCUACAACUACGUAGUUUAUACUUGCAUCUAUAACUACGUAGGUUAUUUCUUACUAUAACUAAAAAGAUUAUACUUGAUUCUAUAAUACAUAGGUUAUACUUGAUUUUAAAACUAUGAAGGUUAUGCUAGCUUCUAUAAGCAAGGUAGGUUAUACCUGCUUCCAUUUGACCAAGUUGUUUGACUAAUUUCUAUACAGAGAAAUGCAAACGUUAUUGAAUUGCAAAUGCCUUCAACGAGUGUCUGAGAGUAUAUAUCAGGGAAAUAUUUUCAGUUUGAGAGAAUCUAUUAUAUCUCGGUGAUAUCUACCUAUCCAGUUUGAGAGUAUCUAUUAUAUCUCGGUGGUAUCUAUUCAGUCUGAGAUUAUCUAUUAUAUCUCGGUGGUAUCUAUUCAGUCUGAGGUUAUCUAUUAUAUGUCGAUGGUAUCUAUUCAGUCCGAGAUUAUCUAUUAUAUCUCGGUGGUAUCUAUUCAGUUUGAGAGUAUCUCUUAUAUCUCGGUGGUAUCUAUUCAGUUUAAGAGUAUCUCUUAUAUCUCGGUGGUAUCUAUUCAGUUUGAGAGUAUCUCUUAUAUCUCGGUGGUAUCUAUUAAGUCCGAGAUUAUAUACUAUAUCUCGGUGGUAUCUACAUAUUCAUUCUGAGAAUAUCUAUUACAUCUCGGUGGUAUCUAUUCAGUCUGAGAGUAUCUAUUAUAUCUCGGUGGUAUCUAUUCAGUCUGAGAGUAUAUAUUAUAUCUCGGUGGUAUCUAUUCAGUCUGAGAGUAUCUAUUAUAUCUCGGUGGUAUCUAUUCAGUCUGAGAUUAUUUAGUAUAUCUCGGUGGUAUCUAUUCAGUCUGAGAUUAUCUCGUAUAUCUCGGUAAAAUCUAUUCAGUCUGAGAUUAUCUAUUAUAUCUCGCUGGUAUCUAUUCAGUCUGAGAUUAUCUAGUAUAUCUCGGUGGUAUCUAUUCAGUCUGAGAUUAUCUAUUAUAUCUCGCUGGUAUCUAUUCAGUCUGAGAUUAUCUAGUAUAUCUCGGUGGUAUCUAUUCAGUCUGAGAUUAUCUAUUAUAUCUCGCUGGUAUCUAUUCAGUCUGAGAUUAUCUAGUAUAUCUCGGUGAUAUCUAUUCAGUCUGAGAUUAUCUCGUAUAUCUCGGUGGCAUCUAUUCAGUCUGAGAUUAUCUAGUAUAUCUCGGUGGUAUCUAUACAGUCUGAGAUUAUCUAGUAUAUCUCGGUGGUAUCUAUUCAGUCUGAGAGUAUCUAGUAUAUCUCGGUGGUAUCUAUUCACCACUGGUUUUUUAAUACUGAAAAUCAAUAUUUUUUUUUAAUUUCUCCUUUUAAAAACUUAACAUGACCACAUUCACCAGCGCCCUAUGACUACGGGACACUUCAUCGUCCCUAAGCAGUCCCAUGCCUCCUGGGUGUUGCAAGGCCCAUUUUAAGAACCACUGGUCUCAACCUUCCAAUUCAAUGGGUCUCAAGCUCAUUGAGCGGUACAAAAUCAAAGCUAAAUUUGGUCUUAUGUCAAACUUUCCAUCAUCAACACAAGCAACGUUUUUAAUUGGUUUAAAUAAAAGAACUAUUCUGUGAGAAACCUUUAUGUCCUCAUUCUCAGGGCCGGCGCCAGGGGAUGGCGAAGUGGGCGACCGCCCAAGGCCCCGCGCGUUGCCGUAGUAUAUUUAUACUAUACCUAAGCCUACUAAUAGUUCCUAAUCCAGUCAACACACUAUUCGGGGUUAUUAGAUAGUCAAAUGGUCCGAAGGUUAGUCUGGCUCCCACAGUCAGCUUCGUGUUUUCGUUAUUUGUUUUUGACAACAUUGAUAUUGGUAACAAUGGAGCCGCGAUGAGGAAUUUGGGCCAGGGCAAUUAACUUUUAUAGGAAAAAAUACAUUUCGGAAACUAAGCGAGUGAACAAAUAUCAGUUAUGACGUGUCCCAUUAUGACCAGCAAGGCCACAGUACGACUAUAACGUGUCUUAAUAUCCUAUCGGCGGAAUAUAUCACGUCAACGGCCCCGCAAAAUUAAAUUUGCCCAAGGCCUCGCACCCUCCUAGCUCUGACCCUGUCAUUCUCCCUAUCAGCUCUAUCCCCAACUUUUUUGACGUCAUCAUCUCUAUCCCCAACUUUGUUUUGACGCCAUCAGCUCUAUCCCCAACUUUGUUUAGACGUCAUCAGCUAUCCCCAACUUUGUUUAGACGUCAUCAGCUCUAUCCCCAAUUUUAUUUUGACGUCAUCAGCUCUGUCCCCAACUUUGUUUAGACGUCAUCAGCUCUAACCCCAACUUUAUUUUGACGUCAUCAGCUCUAACCCUAACUUUAUUGUGACGUCAUCAGCUCUAUCCCCAACUUUAUUUUGACGUCAUCAGCUCUAACCCCAACUUUAUUUUGACGUCAUCAGCUCUAUCCCCAAAUUUAUUUUGACGUCAUCAGCUCUAACCCCAACUUUAUUGUGACGUCAUCAGCUAUAUCCCCAACUUAUUUUGACGUCAUCAGCUCUAUCCCCAAAUUUAUUUUGACGUCAUCAGCUCUAUCCCCAACUUUAUUUUGACGUCAUCAGCUCUAUCCCCAACUUUAUUUUGACGUCAUCAGCUCUAUCCCCAACAUUAUUUUGACGUCAUCAGCUCUAACCCCAACUUUAUUUUGACGUCAUCAGCUCUAUCCCCAACUUUAUUUUGACGUCAUCAGCUCUAUCCCCAACUUUAUUUUGACGUCAUCAGCUCUAUCCCCAACUUUAUUUUGACGUCAUCAGCUCUACCCCAACUUUAUUUUGACGUCAUCAGCUCUAUCCCCAACUUUAUUUUGACGUCAUCAGCUCUAUCCCCAACUUUAUUUUGACGUCAUCAGCUCUAUCCCCAACUUUAUUUUGACGUCAUCAGCUCUAUCCCCAACUUUAUUUUGACGUCAUCAGCUCUAACCCCAACUUUAUUUUGACGUCAUCAGCUCUAUCCCCAACAUUAUUUUGACGUCAUCAGCUCUAACCCCAACUUUAUUUUGACGUCAUCAGCUCUAUCCCCAACAUUAUUUUGACGUCAUCAGCUCUAACCCCAACUUUAUUUUGACGUCAUCAGCUCUAUCCCCAAAUCUAUUUUGACGUCAUCAGCUCUAACCCCAACUUUAUUUUGACGUCGUCAGCUCUAUCCCCAACAUUAUUUUACGUCAUCAGCUCUAACCCCAACUUUAUUUUGACGUCAUCAGCUCUAUCCCCAAAUCUAUUUUGACGUCAUCAGCUCUAACCCCAACAUUAUUUUGACGUCAUCAGCUCUAUCCCCAACAUUAUUUUGACGUCAUCAGCUCUAUCCCCAACUUUAUUUUGACGUCAUCAGCUCUAUCCCCAACAUUAUUUUGACGUCAUCAGCUCUAACCCCAACUUUAUUAUGACGUCAUCAGCUCUAUCCCCAACUUUAUUUUGACGUCAUCAGCUCUAUCCCCAACUUUAUUUUGACGUCAUCAGCUCUAUCCCCAACUUUAUUUUGACGUCAUCAGCUCUAACCCCAACUUUAUUUUGACGUCAUCAGCUCUAUCCCCAACUUUAUUUUGACGUCAUCAGCUCUAUCCCCAACAUUAUUUUGACGUCAUCAGCUCUAUCCCCAAAUCUAUUUGACGUCAUCAGCUCUAACCCCAACUUUAUUUUGACGUCGUCAGCUCUAACCCCAACUUUAUUUUUACCUUAUCAGGUGGUAUUGGCGCCUCGGGUCUCAGUAGAAUCAUCAGCACCAGUGGAGUCAGCCUGACCCAGUCCAGUAACGCGGGGCUGACCUUGACCCAGCCCAGCUCCACCAACGUGACCUUGAACCAGGCCAGUAGCAGUCUACCCAGUAGUGCCGGGGUCAGCCUGACUCAGGCGAGUGUCACGUCCAUGCUGACGUCAAUGUCAACUGCCACGCCCACCACUCUGUCUAUGACCGUCAACCCACUCAAGAGGAAGCUAGAGGACGACGACUAUGAUAUAUAACUGGAUCUGUCAUCUCUGUGCAGCACCAUUGGAUCUGUUAUCUCUGUGCAGCACCAUUGGAUCUGUUAUCUCUGUGCAGCACCAUUGGAUCUGUUAUCUCUGUGCAGCACCAUUGGAUCUGUCAUCUCUGUGCAGCACCAUGGGAUCUGUCAUCUGUGUCUGACAUAGACAGUAACAGUUGAAUAAUAUAGACAAUUGGAAAGUUUGUUGUUGAUGUUGUUUUGUUGUUGCGUAAUUGGUAAAUACGUUGGAGGUCAUUGUUACUAGAUUCAACAGUUUGGUUUAUUAGAUGGGAAUGUAAAGUAAUGCCAGGCAGAAUUCUCAUGACUAUUUUAGGGAUGUCAACAGUUUCAAUGAUUCUAAUAUCCCAUUUCAAAUCUAAAGGCCCUCCUUUGUAUUUUUUUGAAGAGUCAAAAAUUAAAAGCCAGAGCUCAUUGUUGGCUGACAGAACUGUGUGCAGCACUACAUGUGAUUCUUUCAUUGGACAUUUGGACAGCAGAUAUUGGAAACUCUCAACUAAAUUAAUUUGACAAAGCAUUACAGAUGGAUCCUAAAAAGCAAAUACU